CUCCCGAUGCGCGGUCGGAUACGGAACUUCUCAUGGAUACGCCAAAGUAGCGCGCGGACGGACGCCUGUCACUCACCGAGCGGAUUUAUUACUCACGAGGAUAGGAUGGGUUUGGUGAUGGGAUGGCAGUGAGCAUGGCCCUUUGGGCAGGCAUAUGGGCCAUUCUCCUACAAUUGGCCCUCUUGCUUUUCUUCUCUCUGCCUCCAGGCCACUGCCAAGGUGAAAAAUCCCGCCUACAGUUUACUCAACCACUGUACCAUGCGUCGGUGUAUGAGAACUCAGCCGCCCGCACCUAUGCCGCCAGCAAGGUGCGCAUGGGCGUCCCUCUCCAGUAUCACUCCUGGGAGGUGAGGUACCGCAUCACCUCUGGGGACGAGGAAGGAUUCUUCAAGGCAGAGGAGUACACUCUGGGUGAUUUCUGCUUCCUGCGGAUACGAACCAAAGGGGGGAAUGCUGCCAUCUUAAACCGUGAAGUUCAGGACAACUACUUGUUGACAGUGAAAGCUUCCAUUAAGGGGGAUACACUAGAGGCCUGGACUAAAGUUAGUGUGCAGGUGUUGGAUAUGAAUGACCUUCGACCACUCUUCUCCCCUACCACUUAUUCGGUUACCAUUGCAGAAAGCACACCCCUACGCACCAGCAUAGCUCAGGUCACUGCCACGGAUGCAGACAUAGGAUCGAAUGGAGAGUUCUAUUACUUUUUCAAGGAGCGAAUGGAGCUGUUCGCUGUGCACCCGACUAGCGGAGUUGUUUCACUCAGUGGGAAGCUGGAUGUCGACACUCAAAGCCGGUAUGAUCUUGAGAUCCAGGCUGUGGACCGGGGAAUGAAGCUCUAUGGGAAUAACGGCGUAAGCAGUACAGCCAAACUUUUUGUUCAUGUAGAACGGAUUAAUGAGCAUGUGCCCACACUGAGUGUUGUUACCUUAUCACCUGUGUGGACUGAGAAGUCUCCUGUCAUAGCUGUGAUCACCAUAGAGGAUCUUGACGACGGGGCAAAUGGAGAGAUUGAGACAGUGAGCAUUGUGGCUGGGGAUCUUCUUGAGCUCUUCAGCAUUGAAAGGACAGAGGUACCAAGUAAAGAAAUGGUGGACGAGGAAGUUAGUCAGACUGGGUCUAAUGAGUUUGUCCUUCGUGCAACAGAACAAAUCAACUGGGACAGCUAUCCAUUUGGACUAAACCUCAGCUUGCAGGCUCGGGACCGUGGAACACCUCAAAAGUUAUCGGCAGUGCACAUGGUGCACUUACGACUGUCACGACCAACCCCGGCAGAAGUCAUAUUUCAGAAGGAUGAAUAUGAGGUUCUUUUGAGUGAAGUUGCCCCUCCUGGAACUGUUGUGGAGGCUGUGAAACUCCAGCCAGAGCCAGAUGAUGCGGAGUACAUCUUGACCCCUUCCGCUGAUUCAGGGUUCUUCAGUAUCAACACCAUGACAGGUGUCAUAAGCACGGCACGUUGGCUCACCCAACUCACACGGAAAGUAUUUGAGCUAGAGGUCUUAGAAGUAGACAGUGACCUUAGGGUCAAGGUUAGAGUCAUUCUUGAGGAUGCCAAUGAUAAUGCACCUUUAUUUGCUCAACAGUCUUAUGAGGUAUUUGUCAAUGAAAGUGUUGCCGUAGGCACUACUGUUGUUGUGGUGACUGCUUCCGAUGGUGACCAUGGGGAAAACGGGUACAUUACAUACAGCAUGGCUAGCUUGACACCAUUACCAUUUAAUGUGCAGCAGUUCACCGGAGCAGUCACGACAACACAGGAGCUGGACUUUGAAUCAUCUCUAGAGACUUUUAAUUUUGUGAUUCGUGCUUCUGACUGGGGUUCCCCAUAUAGGCGUGAAAGUGAAGUCAAUGUCACUGUGCACCUAGAGAAUGUUAAUGAUAACAAACCACUAUUUGAGAAAGUGGCCUGUGUUGGCAUAAUCUCUCCAGACCUUCCGGUAGGUGAGGUCAUCACCACAAUAUCUGCCAUAGACAUUGAUGAGCUAGAGCUAGUUAAAUACAAGAUUCUCUCAGGGAAUGAGCGAGGGUACUUUGAUUUAAACCCUGAUUCUGGUGUCAUGACCUUACAGCACCCACUCAACACUGUGGCACCCAAAAACUCCUUCAAUCUAAAAAUUACUGCCACAGAUGGGGAACACUUCUCUGAUCCUAUGUUUGUUAACGUAUCAGUAGUGCAGGGGAAGAUACCGCCCAAGAGCUUUAGUUGUACUGAAACAAGAGUAGCCCAACGACUAGCUGAGAAACUUCUGAAGAAAUCCAAAGCUAGCAGUAAACCCAAAAUAGAAGAAGGCUUUAUUGACCUGUUCUCUGUCAACCGUCAAUCACCUCAAUUCGACAAAUCCUUCCCAACGGACAUCACUGUGCGUGAGGAUGUAGAAGUUGGCAUGAGUGUGUUUCAGGUAAAAGCCUUUGAUGGUGAUACUGGGUUCAAUGGACAACUCUUAUAUGCCAUAGCUGAUGGCAACACAGACAGUUGUUUUACGAUUGGAAUUCUGAACGGUAUAAUAAGCAUCUUCCUUCCUCUUGACCGUGAAAGGACUGACCGCUACCUUCUAAACAUCACACUGUACGAUUUAGGCCAACCGCAGAAAUCCACCUGGCGGCUUCUUACAGUUUACAUAGCAGACGCAAAUGACAAUGCACCUCAGUUUCUUCAAGAUGGUGGGUACCAAGCCCGCAUUCCCGAAAACACUCCCAUUGGUACCGAAGUAAUUCAAGUGGAAGCUACUGACAAAGAUCAAGGUCUCAAUGGGGAGAUCCAGUAUUCUCUACUCACCAGCACAUCCCAGUUUGGCAUUAACAGCUCCAGUGGGAUUGUGUAUGUUGCAGGUCAGCUGGACCGAGAGUUAGUUCCCUUCUUCAUAUUAAAAGUGGAGGCACGAGAUCGAGCAGAGCGCGCAGCCCAACAGUUUUCUGUAACAACACUUAAAAUAUCACUCAAGGACGUUAAUGAUUGUCCACCUGCCUUUAUCCCAAGCGUCGUCAGUGCCCGUGCACUAGAAGACCUUCCAGUGGGUACUGUCAUUGCCUGGUUGGACACACAAGACCCUGACCUUGGACUUGGAGGGCAGGUGCGAUACUCACUUGCUACUGACUAUGAUGGCCGUUUUGAGGUCGACAAGACUAGCGGUGCCGUUCGUCUCACCAAGGAGCUGGAUUACGAAACUCAACAGUUUUUCAACCUAACAGUUCGAGCAAAGGACAAAGGCCGACCUGUUUCGCUCCUGUCGGUUAGCUUUGUUGAACUGGAGGUUGUGGAUGUCAACGAAAACCUGUAUCCUCCAUAUUUCUCAAAUUUCGCAAUGAAUGGAUCAGUAAAAGAAAGCGUUCGGAUCGGGACUUCCGUGCUCCAGGUCUCUGCACGGGAUGACGACACAGGAAGGGACGGCGAGGUCCAGUAUUCCAUUCGUGACGGCAGUGGUCUCGGAAGAUUCACCAUUGAUGAAGAAACAGGUGUCAUCUACACCACAGAUCUGUUGGACCGAGAGACGCAGGACUCCUAUUGGUUGACUGUUUAUGCCACUGAUUUGGGGGUGGUACCACAGUCAGCGGCUCUACAAGUGUACAUACAAGUUGAGGAUGUUAAUGAUAACGCUCCCCUAACGUCUGAACCGAUGUAUCACGCCACCAUUCCGGAAAAUUCCCCGAAGGACCAGUCAGUCAUUCAGAUCCAGGCACAGGAUCCUGACGCCACGGAAACCGAGCCCCGCCUGUCAUUCCGUAUCUCCAGCGGCAACCCGCAGAACUUCUUCAGCAUCAACCCGCGCACCGGUGUGAUCUCCACAACCUCUCGGAAGCUGGACCGCGAGCAACAGGCUGAGCACGUCCUGGAGGUGACCGUAUCUGAUGGUGGUCCUUCUCCCAGGCAAACCACAGUGUGGGUGGUGAUCCAGGUGUUGGAUGUUAACGAUAACAAACCAACGUUUCCAGAGAAGGUGUACCAGGUCCGUUUACCCGAGCGCACCCGUAAGCAACGGGGCGCUCCUAUAUACCGCGUCUUCGCCUACGACCAAGACCAGGGCACCAAUGCUGACCUCUCCUACAGCAUCGUCGAUGGAAACGAGGACGGGAAGUUCGUGAUCGAUGCCAAAACCGGUGUGGUUUCAUCUCCCAAAAAACAGUUCACUGCCGGAACCUACGAUAUUCUUACCGUGAAGGCUGUGGAUAAUGGACGUCCUCAGCGCUGGGCGACGGCUCGUCUGCACAUCGAGUGGAUCCGCCGUCCUCCGCCCAGCCCCGCGCCUCUCGCUUUCGACGAGCAGCUUUACAAUUUCACCGUCAUGGAAACCGACAAAGUGGCGGACAUCGUGGGCGUGGUGUCCGCCCAACAGCAAGGCUCCGCCUCCUUGUGGUUUGACAUCACAGGUCCCCGCGCUUUCCGUGAGAUGUUCUAUAUUCUCCAGACCGCUUGCGGCAGGAACUGUUCUACAGAAGGCGGUGACGUGGACAGUAUGUUUGACGUUGAGAAAGGUGUCGGUACUAUCGUCAUCGCUAAACCUCUGGACGCCGAGCAGCGAUCGUUUUACAACCUCACUGUGGAGGUUACAGAUGGGACGAAUAUUGCGUACACUCAGGUCCAGAUUACUGUUUUGGACAACAAUGACAACCCGCCAGUUUUUUCCCAGCCCACCUAUGACAUCACAAUCACAGAGGACACGGCCCCGGAUACAGAGGUGGUCCAGGUGUUGGCAUCGGACCGCGACGAGCGUCACCGCUUGACCUUUAGCCUCCAGAGCAGCGUUGACCCCAGCAGCAUGCGCCUCUUCCGCAUCGACCCUAACAGCGGCGUCAUCUACACGGCUCGCAGACUGGACCACGAGAGCCGAACACAGCACAUCCUUACCAUCAUGGUGAAAGAUCAAGAGUUCCCGUACAGACGUAGCCUUGCUCGUGUCCUGAUUGGUGUGGAGGAUGUGAACGACCACGCCCCUCUUUUCACCAUGGUGAUGUAUGAUGGACAGGUGUAUGAAUCAGCUGCACUGGGAUCGGCCGUUCUCACUGUGACCGCACUCGAUAAGGACAAGGGCCAGAAUGCACAAAUCAGCUACAGCAUCGACUCAGGGAAUACAGGGAACACAUUCCGGAUUGAUCCUGUUUUGGGCAUCAUCUCAUUGGCUCGGGAACUGGAGCUGUCAAACAUUGGUCACUACGUCUUGUCGGUCAAAGCAACUGAUAAUGGUUCUCCAGCACUAUCAUCAACAGCUGUCGUCCGAAUCGCGGUCACCUUGUCCGAUAAUGCUGGUCCCAAGUUUCCCCAAAGUGAAUAUCAGGCGGAGAUAUCAGAGGGUGUCGCCAUAGGAGCUUCAGUCAUCACAGUAAACGCUUUAAGUCUCUCCACCCUUACCUACGAUAUUCGCCACGGCAAUGGUCAUAGGACAUUCCGCAUCAACCAGUACAGUGGAGUGAUCACUACACAGAAAUCAUUGGACUUUGAGACAGUUUCUACCUACGUGCUAAUAGUCACUGCAAGCAACAUGGCUGGACAGGCCUCAAAUGCUACAAUAACAGUUACAGUUCUGGACCAAAACGACAACGCGCCGGUUUUCCAACAGCUGCAUUAUCAUGGAAGUAUCAGUGAAGGCGCUGGGCUUAACAGUGUUGUGCAGAGUGACAACGGUCAACCGCUGGUCAUACGAGCAACCGAUGCUGACCGCAACCAUAAUGCCCUGUUAGUUUACCACAUCAUGGAAGAAUCUGCUAGGCGCUUCUUUGCAGUAGAUGCCGGAACUGGAUCCAUUAGGACAAUUGCCCCACUUGACCAUGAAACCACACCUACAUUUCAAUUCCACGUUAACGUCCGAGACAGUGGGAAUCCUCAGCUCUCAGCUGAGCGACCUGCAGAAGUGACUAUUGAGGUGCAAGAUGUUAAUGACUGCCCACCUAAAUUUUCCCAGGAUUCCUAUGAGGCUGUCCUUCUGCUCCCAACUUAUGAAGGUGUAGAAGCCCUACAAGUUUUUGCUUCUGAUCCCGAUGGUAAUGGCCAGUCAGAGCUCACCUACUCAUUAACAGACGGCAGCUUGGAACAUUUCAGCAUUGAGCCAAGUACUGGACUGUUGACUGUGAGAAACAGUACAUUUAGCAAAGAACGGUUUCGCUUUAACAUCCGCGUUUCAGACGGACGCUUCUCUAGCACUGCUCUGGUUACAGUCCUGGUGCAUGAGGCUCUGGACAGUGGACUGGCUUUUACUCAAAAUGUCUACAAUUCCAACAUUGAGGAGAACAAUGGCAAUAUAACAACAGUUGCUGUGGUUACAGCACUAGGGAACAAGUUGAAUGAACCACUGCGCUAUACUUUGCUGAAUGCAGGCGGGAAAUUUCGCAUCAGGCCAACUUCCGGUGCCAUUGAAACUGUUGGAGUCCCAUUGGACAGGGAGGAGAAGGAGGAAUAUGGACUUUUGGUACAAGCGGGACGUGAGGAAGAUCGUCUCCGUGUUGCAAGGGCGCUGGUCCGAGUUCAAGUCACUGAUGUCAACGACAACGCUCCAGUUUUUGUUGGAUUGCCAUACUAUGCUGCUGUGCAAGUAGAAGCAGAGCCAGGGACUGCAAUAUUUCGAGUGACGGCAGUGGACCGAGACAAAGGACAAAACGGAGAGGUCAGCUACUUUCUACAGGAUGAACUGGGACAUUUCGAGAUGGACCGUGUGAGCGGCGAGCUUCGCUUACGAAGAGCUUUCGAGGCUGAUCUCUCCAGUGUGGAAUAUCAGGUUCUGGUGUUCGCCCGUGACAUGGGAACACCACCUCUGUCCUCUUCAGUCACCUUUCCUGUUACAGUGGUAAACAGAGCAAUGCCAGUAUUCGACCGGCCAUUCUACUCUGUAAAAGUGAGUGAAGAUAUACCAGUAUGGACUCCAAUUCUGGGAAUAAAUGCGAGCAGCCCUGAAGGCCAGAGUGUCCUUUACACAAUCAAGCAUGGUGACCCUGGAACGCUCUUCUCCAUUGGAUUUGACACGGGGGUCAUUAGUGUCAUCUCUGCCCUUGACUAUGAGACCAGCCCUGUCCACAGACUCAUUGUUAGAGCAACGGACUGCCUCACAGGUGCUCGUGCAGAAGUGGAUGUUGAAGUUACUGUUUUGGAUGUCAAUGACAACCCUCCAGUGUUCGAGCGGCCCUCGUACAAAGCCGUCAUUUCAGAAACUGCCAUGAUUGGCACUGCGGCCUUGCAGGUGCUCGCAACAGACAGCGACUCCAAGAAAAACGCAGCGAUACGGUACCAAAUCAUUCCAGACCAUACCAACAGCACUGACCACUUCCACAUUGACAGCAGCAGUGGUCUAAUUCUGACCGCUCGCUCCCUGGACCAUGAGACCAUCCAGCGUUAUGUGUUUCUUGUCAAGGCAACAGAUAAUGGCUUUCCCCCAUUGAGCAGUGACGUGUGGGUCACAGUCGAUGUCACGGACACCAACGACAACGCUCCAGUGUUUAACCAACUGCUAUAUGAAGCCUCAAUCAAUGAGUUGGCACCCAAAGGGCACUUUGUAACAUGUAUACAGGCCUCUGAUGCAGACCGCUCAGACUCAGAGCGCUUGCAGUAUGGCCUGGUGUCUGGAAACGAAAGGAUGCUGUUUGAGAUAGAUGCCGCCUCUGGUGUCCUCUCCCUGAGUGGCCAGCGACGCAUGCAACGCAUGCCUUCCGCUAUUACCCUGAAUGUAAGUGUUUCAGACGGUGUCUUUACCAGUACGGCACAAGUGCAUGUUAGAGUAGAGCGAGCUAAUCUGCACUCCCCCCAGUUCACCCAGGGCAUGUACGAGGCCGACGUACGGGAAAACGCACCAGUGGGAUCAAAGGUAAUCGCAAUCAGGGCGCAAGAUGCUGAUCCUGGACCGUUUGGGGAGGUGAGGUAUGUUCUGCUCUCAGAUUCCGCUCGAGACUUGUUCAGCAUUGAUGCCAGUGGACAGAUUAUGACUCUUGAGCGUCUGGACCGGGAGGAACGGAGUGAGAUGGUGCUGUCCAUUGCGGCUGUGGAUGCAGGUGGCCGAUCUGGAUAUUGCAGUGUCCGGGUCACUAUUCUAGACGAGAACGACAACACUCCCCUUUUUAGUUCCUCAGAGUACCAUGCAAGUGUGCGGUCUGAGGUUGAACCAGGUACCCUUGUGAUGCAAGUGCAAGCUUGGGAUGUAGAUCAAGGCGCUAAUGCACAAGUGAGCUACAGUCUGUACAGUGAGGCCAGCCUGCAGGUUACUGAACUUCUGGAUAUCGACCCGGACAGUGGCUGGGUUGUCACCAAAGGCAACUUUGCCUCUUUGCGUGGGUCUGUACUAUCCUUUUUCGUUAAAGCCUCUGAUGGAGGUGCACCUGUUAAACAUUCCCUUGUGUCAGUCUACAUACAUGUUUUGUCCGCUGAUGCGCACAUACCUUCCUUCAGCCAACCACAAUUCUCCUUUACUGUCCCAGAGGACAUGCCCAUUGGUUCCUUGCUGGGUGCGGUGCAUCUACACACCUCGACUAGCCACUCUUCCUUACCAGUAAGCUUCUCAGCGGUGAUCGGACAGACUCCAGAGAGUAACAGUGAUGGAGUGUUUGUGGUAGACAAAGAAAGUGGCACUAUCAAACUAGACAAAGCACUCGACCGAGAGCUGACACAAGCCUAUCAUUUUAAAGUGAUUGCAAUGUUGCAGCAGGGACGGUUGGAUGCUGUUUCAGCUGUGGAUGUGGAGGUCAAAGUACAAGAUGUCAAUGAUAACAAACCUGCGUUUGAGUCAGACAUCUAUGAGGCGUCAGUCACCGAGGGUCUUUCUCCUGGAACCAGGAUUCUUCAAGUGCGAGCUUUGGAUCCUGAUUGGGCAGCUAAUGGUCAGGUGACGUACAGUCUUGCUCCACCUGGGUUGCUUGGUGGCUCUGGCGGUGAGGACAUUGAAGAGCAUGGUGCCUACUUUACAAUUGACAGCAGCUCUGGUUGGAUAUCGACUCUGAAAGGGCUGGACCAUGAACAGAGCCCAGCCCACAGUCUUACAGUCUGGGCAUUUGACCUUGGAGAUCCUGCUAGCCAGUCGUCCUCAACGACUAUAACUAUAGCAGUGAGCGACUCCAAUGACAACGUACCGCAGUUUCUUCAGCCCCGUUACUUCGGAAGCGUACGGGAGAGUGAUGCACCUGGUGAAGUGGUGGCAGUACUUAACACACGGGACAAUGACAGUUCACCUGGAAACCGACAAGUCACCUAUCAUAUUACAGGUGGGAACCGAGCCGGCGUGUUCGCUCUGGGUUUGGUUCAGGGAGAGUGGAAGCUGUACGUUAAGCGACCGUUAGACCGCGAGGAACAAGAACGGUACUUUAUCAACGUGACGGCGACUGACGGGCUUCACGUGUCCAUGGCAAACGUAGAGGUCAUGGUCAUGGACACCAACGACAACAGUCCUGUCUGUGACCCGAUCGCUGUAGAGCCUCAGUUAAAGCUGCGUGUUAAUCGUAAAGUGGUUUAUUCCCUUGUUGACUCGGCUGAUGGAUUCUUCUCCAUUGAUAAAUCAUCCGGGAUUGUUGUUUUGGAGCGUUUGUUGGACCGCGAGGUUCAGUCUUCAUACCAUGUAACGGUCCGUGCAUCAGAUCAAGGAGUUCCUGUUCACCUUUCCUCUCUGGCGAACAUCACUAUCACGGUUCUGGACAUCAACGACAACCCACCCGUGUUUGAGAGGAGGGACUAUCUGGCCACGCUUCCUGAAGAUGUCGCAGUGGGUACGGAAGUGGUACAAGUUUAUGCGGCGAGUAAAGAUAUUGGCACCAAUGCUGAUAUUUACUACAACAUCAGAUCCGGAAACCAACAGGGCCAUUUCACCAUUAACAUCAAUACAGGUGCCAUCUUGGUAUCUCGUCCGCUAGACUUUGAGUCCUGCAAGGAUUAUUUCCUGACGGUUGAGGCCACGGAUGGCGGAACUCCGCCCCUCAGUGCUGUUACCAUGGUGAACAUCAACCUAACCGAUGUCAAUGACAACGCCCCCAUGUUCAGCCGCGACGCCUACAGCGUGUCUAUUAGUGAGGACGCUAACAUAGGAGACACUGUGGUCAAGGUGACCGCGGAAGACGUCGACAGUCAUGCGAACGGCGACAUCCUUUAUUCCAUCGUCAGCGGCGACCGAGAGAACCAGUUCUUCAUCGAGCCAAUCACGGGCCAGAUCAAAGUCAACAAGCAGCUGGAUCGAGAAACGAUGGCUGGUUACUCGUUGUCCAUCAGAGCUCUUGACAGCGGGACGCCAGCCAUGUCUUCAACAGUGCAGGUCAACAUCGACAUCUCUGACGUCAACGACAACCCGCCCACCUUCACCCCAGCCAAUCACACCGCGGUCAUACAGGAAAACAAGCCUUUGGGAACGAGUGUCCUGCAGCUGUCCGUCGUCGAUAAGGACGCCAGCCACAAUGGCCCACCUUUCCAUUUCCAAAUCCUGGCAGGAAAUGAGGGGGCGUGGUUUAAACUGGACAGAGAGGGGCUGUUGACGUCCAAUCGGGUGUUUCGUAGGUCAGAGGGCACAGAAUACAUCAUUCACGUGCAGGCCAGUGAUUCGGGUCGGCCGCCCCUGUCGUCGAUGGCGAGUGUGUUGGUGCGUGUGAUAGAGGAGAGCGUUCACAAGCCAGUGGCGUCACCUUUACACGUGCACAUCGUCACCAUGGAGGACGAGUUUCCAGGAGGUGUGAUCGGUCAGAUACACGCGACAGACCAAGAUGCAUUUGAUAUACUGACCUACGGACACACACACCAGCAGAGCAGCCUUUUCAAGGUCAGCCCUCGAGAUGGUCGAAUCAUCGCUCUGAGCGGGUUGGACACGGGCCGCUACACCCUCAACGCAACUGUAACCGACGGCCGCUUCACGGUGACCGUCCCCGUGAGCGUGCACGUGGAGCAGGCCUCGGUGGAGAUGCUCCACGACGCCGUGACGGUCCGUUUCGACCGCGUCUCCCCUCACGACUUCGUGUCCCGUCACCUCCCUUCGGUCAAACGCGUCCUGUCCGGUGUCAUGGCGACGCCCCGCCCCGACGCUCUGCACGUGCUCAGUGUGCAGCCCGUGGAGUCCACGGGGCAGCUGGACCUGCUGGUGGCGGUGGAGACGGCGGAUGGCGGCGGGUUCUACAAGGCGGCGUUCGUGACGCAGAAGCUGAGCUCGGCCCGACGCCAGCUGGACCAGGUCCUGAGGGUGUCUGCGGUUCUGGAUAAGAACUGCUCGGGUCUGGACUGCAGGGAGGCCCAGUGUGAACAAACCAUCACGCUGGACUCGCACAGUCUGCUCACGUACAGCUCCACCAAAACCAGCUUUGUGUCGCCCAAGUUUCACAGGAACACACGAUGUGUGUGCAGCGACGGGAGUUGUUCUGCUUCGUCGGAGGUGUGUGUGGAUAUGAGAUGCCCUGGUGACAUGCAGUGCGUGGGAACAGACAGCAGCAGGGGGCCGUACGCGUGCCAGUGUCCGCCGGGGAAACUGGGAGAGUGUGCAGGACACACCUCUCUGAGCUUCUCUGGGAACAGUUAUAUCAAGUACAGAGUGACGGAUGGCGAGAGAAGCGGAGAGAUGAAGUUGGCCCUCCGGAUCAGAACGCUGCAGAGCAAGGGAAUCAUCAUGUACACGCGUGCAGAUCCGUGCAGCGUGCUGAAGAUCGAAGAGGGAAAGUUGUGGUUCCAGUUGGAUUGCAGCAACAGUCCCAGGAGCAUCGGGAUCUCCGGCCGCCCGGUCAACGACGGGAACUGGCAUCACGUGGUCCUGGAGUUGCGUGGAAACUACAGCAGCCUCUCGCUAGACGACAUGUACGUGGAACGGCGGCUGGCCACGGCCAAAUACCGCCCCCUGGGAGCAGAUUUGUCCAUUUAUUUCGGAGCGCAGGUGUCGCCUCCGGACGCCCGCAGCUUGACGGAAAGGAAAGGUCCGCGGGUCACCAAUGGCUUUCAGGGCUGUCUGGACUCCGUGGUUCUGAACGACAACGAACUCCCGCUGCAGAACAAGCGCAGCCCGUACGCCGAGGUGGUGGGACUGACGGAUCUCAAGUUGGGAUGCGUUCUCUAUCCGGACGCGUGUGCCGCCCAGCCCUGCCUCAACGGUGCCACCUGCAUCAGCCUGCCGUCUGGAGGUUACUCCUGCAGUUGCAGUGCUCUGUUCACUGGAGGGCGCUGUGACACAGAGAUCAGUGUGUGUAUGCCGAACCCAUGUCAGAACGGAGGUGUGUGUAAACCCAUCGGAAACGCCUUCAUCUGCAGCUGCAAGAGAGGAUACACCGGCGUAACGUGUGAAGAAGACGUGAACGAGUGUGAACGCGAGCUGUGCGAGAACGGCGGUGUGUGCGUCAACACGUUCGGCUCCUUCUACUGCAACUGCACUCCUGGUUUCGUGGGCAGCGCUUGUUCGGUUCGCCCGGUGCUGGUUCCGGACAUGCAGUCCGGGCACGCGUACGUCGGGAAGGAGGAGCUCAUCGGCAUCGCCGUCGUUCUCUUCCUCAUCCUCACCCUCAUCCUCCUCUUCAUCGCCUUCCGGAAGAAGGUGUUCCAGAAGAGCUAUUCCCGGAACAACCUCUCCAUGGUUCAGGAUCCGGCUACAGCCGCCCUCCUGCACAAAGCCAACGGUGGGCACUACCCGCCCCUGCGCUGUGCCAUCGGAGAGCCCAUCAGCCUGUACACCGAGGGCCCGCCUCAGGUGCCCGUCCGGCCCAUGGCGUACACGCCGUGUUUCCCCGGAGACCCUCGGGGAACCCUGGAGAAGAGGCACGGGGACUGCCGAGGCCCGGAGCUGACGGAAAUGAGCACGUUCCAUCCGUCGGAGUCGCCGCGGAUCCUGGGCGGGACCAACCGGAGGGGCGUGGUCGUGUGCAGCGUCGCCCCCAAUCUGCCCCCCGUCUCCCCGUGCCGGUCUGACUGCGACUCGCUGCGGAAGAGCCCCUGGGAAGACGAGGGUAAAGUGGAUUUGUUGGAGGAGGUCACAUGUUUCUCUGGCAGUAACAAGGGCAGCAACUCCGAGGUCCAAUCGCUGAGCUCCUUUCAGUCUGACUCCUGUGAUGAUAAUGCUUCCAUAGUGACGGUAAUUCGCCUGGUCAAUGAUGCGGUCGACACGAUUGAGAAUGAAGUGUCCGUUAUGGAUCAAGGUCAAAACUUCAACAGAGCAUACCACUGGGACACUUCCGAUUGGCUGCCGAAUACACGCCUACCUGACAUCGAGGAAGUCCCCACCUAUGAGACGAGCGAAGUGGGCGUGACUUUAGAAUCUGACUAUUACCUCGGCGGGUUCGAUAUCGACAGUGACUACCCGCCUCCUCAGGAGGAGGAGUUUAUGUCCCAGGACCAGCUUCCCCCGCCCCUUCCCACCGAGGAAUACGACACCUCACCCGCCAAUCCACACGCCUCGAGAGAGAGCACGCUAAGCGGGGACCACAAGCCCCGCCCACACUUCCACCCCAGCCAAUACCUGCCCCCGCAUCAGCUACCGCUCGGCUCCGCGGGGGAGGAGUUUAGCACUUUCACAGGCAGGGAGGAGCGCCUGUCCGUCAACGCCUCCUCCGCCUCCGACGUUUCCUCCGUGCCCUGUGGGUUCGAAGACUCCGAGACGGGAGGAAGCUUGGACAGUUUGGAGGACGCGCUCAUGCACCCGCAAACGCAGCAGACUGAGGUCUGACACGCCACCGGGAACUAAAGACGGAGUUACUGACAUUAGCGGGACGUGUUUUCAGACAUAAAGGACACCAAACUCUCGCGUCUGUGAGACUAAAGCGAGACAGAGGACUGCCGACGCCACAGACAGACUCUCAGCGCUGCCCUCUGCACGAGGAGCCCACUAAUAAAAGCACAGGAAGUGGCGAAAGUGAUGUCAUGGGUGGAGACCAUACGUUUAAAGCAACAAGAAACGUUAUUGUGAACGGAGACCAAUGAUCUGUAAAUGUGUUUUCAGAAAUCGCCCUGGUGGAUUUCAUUGUUCCGUCCGGUUCCUUAUUUGUUUGGUGCUGCCGUUUGUGAGUUUAAAACCUGGAUCUGUUCUAAAACCUAGUAAGCUACCUAUGUAGACCGCUUUAUGCUGCCUUUUAAGAUGCCUCGUUUUGUCCAAAUUGUUUACAUUUUUAUUUCAUAUAAACAAAACUUACAAUUACAUACAAUAAAGAAUAAUAGUCACCCUAGUUGAAAAAAAAAAUUAAAAUGUAUUUAAAAUACUUUUAUUUCAUACUAAGUAUACUACAAAUCCAUUAACAUGUUUACUGACAUGUCGCUUGAGACUUACUGAUAUAAAUAUUAUGAUUAAACUUUAUUUGGAGUGCUUACAAUGCACAUUUCUUAAUAUUAAGCCUAAAAUGUGAUUUAAUAUCACUAUUAGUAAUGAUCUCUGUAUAAUAUCUAUGCAAGAUAUUUAAAGUGAACCUAUACUUGCAAUAGGUUCACUUUAGCACAAUCAAAUACACUUAAGUAUUUAACUAUUUCUGGAUAACUAAAGUGCAUUAAGUACAAAUUAGUUCUUCCAAUUUAGCAGACUUUAAGUUUAUCAGUUUAGUAUAUCAAAAGUACAAUUGCAGGGAAUUUAUAUUAAAUACAUGAAUGUAUUUUUAGUAUACUUACAUGCACACAAGUUUAUUUAUUUUUCACAAGGGCAUGCCCAACCCAAAUGUAAAAAAAAACAGCAUACACAUUUAAAUACAAAACGAUGAACUAAGGUGGCAUCACACAUUUACUUCCCAGAAUGGAUUGCAAAAAAA